AUGAAUUCUAAUAUACAGUUUGAAGUUACUGCUCCAGGAAAAAUAAUUCUUUUUGGUGAACAUAGUGUUGUUUAUGGAAAACCAGCUAUAGCAUGUGCUAUAGAUCAACACACAUCAUUAUUACUAAAUGAAAGUUUUUGCAAUAAUCAAGAGCCUAAUACUAUUCCAUGUCGAAUACUACUUCCAUUAGUAAAUUAUUCUGGACUAUUAACUAUUCAUAUUAAUAAAAAUUCCAAUUUUUCUCCUACUGUGUUUUUUAAUGAAAUAUUAUGUAAAUUAAACAAAAAUGAACCAUUCCAUAAUGAAAUUGAUUGUUUAUCAGGAAAUACAAAAAAAGCUCUUGUUGUUUUAAAUUUUAUUUUUGAAGGAAUAUUGACCUGUUACAUGGAAAAAUUAAAAAGUGUCUCUUUUACUAUUGAAGUUAAAUCUGCUCUUAAAUUAGGAGCUGGUACUGGCAGUUCUGCUUCAUAUUGUGUUUCUUUAGUUGCUGCUUGCUUAUCAUAUGUAAAAUUUAAAAUAAAUUCAAAUGUGGAAAUUCAAUUUGACCCUCAAAUGGACGAUUUUCACUCUCAAAGUGGCGACAAUCUAUUAAUUAUUGAACCAUUUACUGAUAACUUCUCAUUUAGUGAUGGGGAGAAAAGUUUAAUUAAUAGAUGGGCUUUAUUAGCUGAAAAUUUUAUUCACACAAAGGCUUCUGGAUUGGAUAAUACAAUUUGUACUUAUGGUACUAUGGUUCAGUAUACUAAACUUAAUAGUUACAAAUUACUAGAAGCACCAGAAUUGAAAAUAUUAUUAAUUUAUUCAGGUAUUGAAAGAUCAACUGGCCAUGUAGUAAAAAGUGUUCAAAAUAAAUAUAAUGAUAACACAUACAGACCAAUACUUGACAGUAUUUUUGAUUCAAUAGCAAAAAUUGUUAAUACAGCUGCAAAUGCUAUUGAUCAAAUGGCUCAAAAUCCUAAUCAAGAACUACAACAAAUCCACGUGUUACAAAAUCUCAUAAGUAUGAAUCAGGCAUUGUUAAUGGCUCUAGGAGUGUCUCACGAGACAUUGGAUGCUAUAGUAGCAAUAUUAAAAAAAUAUAAUCUUCAUGCCAAGUUGACUGGAGCUGGAAAAGGUGGAUAUGCUAUUUGUCUUGUUCCACCAAAUCUUCACAAAUCUAAAAUACAAGAAUGUAUACAGGAAUUGAAAAUUUAUGGAUAUGAAGCAAAUUUAUGUACCAUAGGUUGUCCAGGUGUAAGAAUACAACCAAAAUAAAUGACAAAAUCAAUUAUUUUUACUUCACAAUAUCUUAUGUCUAUUUUUAAUUUAUUUAAUUAUCCUGUUGUUAAAAAGCUUUUCACAACAGAACUAGAUAAAUUCAAAACAGACUGAUUUAACAUAACAUUUUUUGUAAUUCUGCAUUUCUAUAAAUGAUUAGUUUAUAAAGUAAAAUAAUAAUAAAUAAAGUUUUUUUUUAAUAAAAUUCAUUUCAAAUUUUUU